GUUUAUUCUGCUCGGCGUGUGACGUGACAAAAGUCGAGUCGUAUGUGUCACGCGAUUCCCGUAGGCGAAAGCGGUGACAAGAGUCGAUGUGAAUGAACACCAAUGAACUCUCACCGCAUUCCGACAGUCGACUUGUAUCGACAAAUGUCGCGCACGGGUGACGUUUUCGCGUGAGAAUUGUCGCUACCUCAGAAGGAGUCGAGAGCGUUCAAACAACGCAAAAAUGGAGGUGAAACGGUAAGUGUUUUAUUUCUUUAAUGCCUGAGUAAGAUUAUUUUUCAUGAAAAUCGUGUAUUUUAGUGUACGCGUGACCAAUCGCAAACAGUUUGAGCAUCUGGUAAGCAGGAUGGAAGCGCAUCCGACGGUGGCAAAGGGCCUAAAAUUCAGUGAAGCAUCUGGAGUAAGCCAAGAUGCUUUCGUUUCAGUUUGGAAGGAGUUAGCUGCCGGAUUAAACAGCCUGGGUCCCCCGAUCCGAACGGUGAAGGAUUGGCAAAAGGUUUGGACCGACUACAAGCUGAAAGUCAAACAUAAACUGGCCCACAACAAACGGGAGGUCAAUGCGACUGGGGGUGGACCCAACAAUAUGAAAGUGCUGUCGCCAUGCGAGGAGGCAGUUGUGGAAAUGCUUUCUCUGGACAAAACGGUAAACCAUUCCGGAUCAGCAUUUGGUCUACCUCGUCGUCCACCGCCAUCGGCUUCUCCGCUUGUCAGCCAACCAAGUUUGCAUCCUUCACCGCCCGGAUCCCCGCUACUAUCAAGUACCAUGCGGCAACAGGCAAUUUCGGCAGAUGAAGCGGAUCAGGUCGAGUGCGACCGUGGAAUCCGAGAUGAAGGUAUUGAGAAUAGCCACAGUCCUGCGAGACGCAAACGAAAGCAGUCAAAUACUCGGGAUGUUCGACACGAGCUAUUGAUGGAGCAAACAAAAUGCAUGCAGAAGAUUGUCGAGCAUACUGGAGACUGUGCGCGAUACGCACGUAAAAUGUGUAAGCUUCGGGAGGAAGAGGUAAAAAAUCGGAAGGAAUACUUGUUGCAGAAGGAAAAGGACAGGAAAGCUGACCUGGAGUACAAAAUAGAACUGCUGCAGUAUAAGAAGAAGAAACUUGACAUCCUAGAGCGUCAGUAUCGAAAGAAGUAAGGAACUCGCAUUUGUUAUGUUUUUCUUUCAAAAAUACACAAUUUUAUGAAAUAUAAGGAAUAAUACUGUUGGCAAAAUUA